AUGAGAAGAGGCCCUGCGACAAACAUCCGGGACUCCCUCACGGGACCUGUGUUGGCGCGCAGAACCGAAAGCCCGGCACCAGAGGAGCGACGCUCCAGCUCCUUAGAUCCGCCGAGAGGGCCGCCGCGCAGAAAUGAGUCGCCGGUGCGCGGGGACGUCCGCGGUCGCUAUCCGGCCACUCAGUCUCCCAGCCCAAGCUUUGGCUUCAACCUGGGCAUGCGCGCCACCACCCCUGCUCCAGCGCCCGCUCCCUCGGCCGCGCAGCGCGGCAUGGGCGCCUUCCGCGGGAGCCGGGGGCCGGUCCGCGCGAAGGCGGACGUGCUGCUGGAUUCAGCCCGUCCAGGGCGCCGGCCCUCGACAGCGCCCCCACCAGCGCCGGCGCGGUCCAGCUCUGUGCGCCGCCCUGUGGGGGCGCCUGAUGGCUCGAGCCAACUUGAGCUCCUGGACUAA